CCCCCCCCCCCCCCCCCCCCUCUCUCUCUCUCUCUCUCUCUCUCUCUCUCUCUCUCUCGCUCUUUCUGUGUGAGUGUAUUUCUUUGGAUAUCGAGUGGAUUGGGGCGUGUUUGUACGUAGUUGGUCUGGUAACUGAAGUUCAAAGAUUAUGUCGGCACCUCCCACCAUCAGUUCUCCACUUCUAUUAGACACCGUCGAUGGUGCCUUUGACCACAAAGGUCGACCCGCCCUCCGAUCCAAAUCCGGCACUUGGAGAUCCGCAUCUUUCAUCAUAGUUGUGGAAAUGGCGGAGAGGUUCGCCUACUAUGGGAUUGGCUCCAACCUCAUAAUGUAUUUGACUGGACCUCUUGGCCAGUCAACUGCCACUGCCGCCCAGAACGUCAACGCCUGGUCCGGAACGGCCUCGUUACUUCCUCUUUUGGUUGCGUUUGUGGCCGACUCCUUUAUCGGCCGCUACCGCACUAUAGUCGUUGCUUCUCUCAUCUACAUCCUGGGACUUGGCCUGUUGACUAUGUCAUCAAUUCUUCCUUCUCUCAGCUCUUUUGGCUGCCAAGACGCCAGUAAAUCUCUGCCAUGUUCUCCUCCUCAGCCCCUAGUAAUCUUGUUCUUCUUCUCUCUAUAUCUUGUAGCACUUGGACAAGGUGGACAUAAGCCUUGUGUUCAGGCGUUUGGGGCUGAUCAAUUUGAUGGACGAAAUCCUAAAGAGUGCAAGGCCAAAAGCUCAUUCUUCAAUUGGUGGUAUUUUGGUUUAUGUGCCUGUAGCUUAGUAACACUUCCAAUCUUAAACUCUAUACAAGACAAUUUUAGCUGGGGUCUUGGUUUUGGAAUCCCUUGUGCCACAAUGGUGGUUGCACUGGUUAUUUUCGUUCUUGGAACUAGGACUUACCGGUACAGUUUCCAAGGGGAUGAGGAAAGUCCAUUUGUGAGAGUUGGCCGGGUGUUUGUUGUUGCAAUUAGGAACUGGAGAACCACCUCCUCAGCAAUAGCCAUUGAAGAGGAAACUCGCGGAACCUUGCCUCACCAAAGUUCAGAAGAAUUCAGGUUUCUCAACAAAGCUUUGCUUUCACCAGAUGGUUCUAAAGAAGAUGGGAAGGUGUGCAGCAUCGGUGAGGUUGAGGAGGCAAAGGCAGUUCUUAGGCUUGUUCCAGUGUGGUUGACAAGCUUGGCAUAUGCUAUUGUGUUUGCACAGUCAUCAACCUUCUUUACCAAGCAAGGGGCUACUAUGAACAGAACAGUUGUGCCAGGCUUUGAUAUACCGGCCGCUUCUCUUCAAUCCUUUAUCAGCCUUGCCAUUGUUCUCUUCAUUCCCAUAUAUGACCGCAUUUUUGUGCCUAUGGCUAGAGCUUUCACUGGAAAACCCUCUGGCAUCACCAUGCUACAGAGAAUUGGAACUGGGAUGGUUUUAUCUGCAAUUUCCAUGGCAAUUGCAGCUGUAGUUGAGAUGGUAAGGCUCAAAACUGCUCAAGAAUACGGGUUGGUUGAUUUGCCAGGGGUGACAGUCCCAAUGAGCAUAUGGUGGUUGGCUCCUCAAUAUGUCUUGUUUGGGAUUGCCGAUGUUUUCACCAUGGUUGGUCUACAAGAGUUCUUUUAUGAUCAGGUCCCAAGUGAAUUUAGGAGUGUGGGUCUUGCCCUGUACCUGAGUAUCUUUGGCGUGGGGAGCUUUCUGAGCAGCUUCCUCGUCUCAGUCAUUGCGUCAGCAACUGGUGCUGAUGGUCAAGAUAGCUGGUUUGCCAAUAAUCUUAAUCGGGCACAUCUGGAUUACUUUUAUUGUCUACUUUGUGGACUUAGUGUAAUAGAACUGGCUGCCUUCCUAUAUAUUGCAAAAUCAUACAUUUAUAAGAGGGGAAGCACGACAUGAUCGAUUGGAGUCCUCUGCAGCACUAGGAAGUGAUAUAUGGGAGGGAGGACUUGUUGACAGAACAAAAAGAUAUGCAAAAGAAAGGAAGUUCUGCCAUGUAACUUUGCUUGUAAAUGACAAUUUUUAGUCGUUUAAUUGAUUAAAGAGGAAUAAAAUGUUCCUUGACAAA